AUAACCAAAAAAGAAAACACUUCCAUACCCCACACCCCUCCCCCAUCCCCAUCCAUCUAAUCAAAAUGCGCGUUGUGGCAAUGGUGAGUGGCGGCAAGGAUAGCUGCUACAAUAUGAUGCAGUGCGUCGCCGAGGGCCACGAAAUUGUCGCAUUAGCCAACUUGCAUCCCAAGGACAGAGAUGAGCUGGAUAGCUUUAUGUAUCAGACGGUUGGCCACAUGGGCAUCGAGAUCCUGGCCAGCGCCAUGGGUCUGCCACUGUAUCGACGCGAGACCCAAGGCAAGAGCAUACAGACUGGCAAACAAUAUGUGCCCACCGAUGACGAUGAAGUCGAGGAUCUUUACAGUUUGCUCGAAACGUGCAAGCAUGAGCUAAAUGUGGACGCGGUGGCUGUUGGUGCCAUAUUAUCGGAUUAUCAGCGAGUGCGCGUGGAGAAUGUUUGCAGUCGCCUCAACCUGAUAUCGUUGGCCUAUUUGUGGAAGAGAGAUCAGACUGAACUGCUGCAGGAGAUGAUCGACUGUCAGGUGCAUGCCAUUAUCAUCAAGGUUGCCGCAUUGGGUCUUGUGCCGGAUCGUCAUUUAGGCAAAUCGCUGCGCGAGAUGCAAACGCAUCUGUUGAAGAUGCGCGACAAGUAUGGAUUAAAUGUGUGCGGCGAGGGUGGCGAAUAUGAGACAUUUACACUGGACUGUCCGCUGUUCAAGCAGCGCAUCGUUGUCGAGGAUAUACAGACGAUAAUUAGCAGUGCCGAUCCCAUCUGUCCCGUUGGCUAUAUCAAUUUCACAAAGCUAACACUGCAACCGAAGGAGCUGAAUGCCGUCACUGAUGUUGUAUUUGUUAAGAAAUCCCUCGACUAUAUAAGCGAUCUCAAUGAGUCGACAUACAGUGAUCUAAGCGAUCCCGAUUUUAGUGAAAUGGAACUGGAACUGAUCGAGAAGGAGACACGUCUGCGUGAAUCGCUUAGCCAGAAUGAGUUAAUCUCGCGCAGCAAUUCAUUUGGACGGCAUUUGGCCACAUCAUCGUCCUCGCCGAUACCCAUUGUAACGAAGAGCGCCAGCGUCGACGAGCCCAUACCGACGGCCAGCGCCUCGAUGACGGGCAGCGCCUCCCUGCUGCUGCUAGCCAAUGCAAAUCAAGCGACAUCCGCAUCCGCAUCGGCAUUGGCAUUGGGCGCCGGCGCCUCUGCCACCGCCGCCAAUGGGGCAAACAACGCCGCCUUGCAGGCGAAUAGUUGCUGCGGCUUUGGCAUCUCAAAUCCAUUGGGCAGCAGCACGGCCGCCGUAUGCGGCUCGCUGUCGCUGGCCAUCUCCUCGCUUGGGCUGAGCACCACACAGUGCACAAAUUAUGCGGCGACGGCGACGAUGCCAACGGGCCAAACCCAACCGCCCAGUCCCAUGAAAUAUGAGCGUGAAUUUCGUCCACUUGCCAAUCAGGCCAAAGCGGCCAUCAAUGCCAAAGGCUGGAUGUGGCUAGCUGGCAUACAGGGUUGCGCCCCCAGCAUUGAGCAGGGCAUGCAGCAGGCAUUGAGCACGCUGCGUGAGCUCUGCUCGAGUAAUGGAUAUGAUCUGCAGGAUUUGUGCUUCACAACGCUCUAUGUGCGCUCGAUAGCCGAAUAUCCAUUGCUGAAUACCAUCUAUUUGCAAUCGUUUGGCUUUCACAAUCCACCGACCCGGGUGUGUGUGGAGUGUCCGCUUCCAGAUGAUUGUCAUGUCAUAAUGGAGGCAGUUGGACAUCGACCGACACCGACGCACAGUGGCGAUGAUAGCGAGGAGACCCAAUUGCUGCUCAAUGGUCGACGGAAUACGAUGCAUGUCCAGGGCAUCUCACAUUGGGCGCCAGCCAAUAUUGGUCCAUACAGCCAAUCAACACGGAUCGGCGACAUCACAUACAUCUCGGGCCAAAUAGCGCUGGUGCCGGGCAGCAUGGCGAUCAUCGAAGGGGGCAUUCGGCCGCAAUGCAAGCUGACAUUGCGUCACAUCAGUCGCAUUGCGAAGGCAAUGAAUGCCCAGGGCCAGUUGCGCGAUGUCGUCCAUGGCAUUUGCUUUGUCACCCAUCCAGCCUUCAUUGGCGAGGCGCGACGCCAAUGGGAGCGCCGCACCACAAAUGCCAUUAUGGACUACAUUGUGCUGCCAGCGCUGCCACGCGACGCUCUCGUUGAGUGGCAGGUUUGGGCGCACACCCAUAACGAUCGUUUUGACUAUGAGGAAACCGGAUGUUCGGUUAGCGAUUAUACCAUCUCGAUACGUCGUCGCUGGAACUAUGAGAACAAUUGUGCUGCGAUUGUUUGCUAUGUGGCAACCGGAUUGGCCUCGUCCACCACACAGCUGACGCAGCUGAGCGACGAUGUGCUGGGCAACCAUUGCCGCUUAUCGCAGUGCCUCAGCGCCGAGCACCUGGACGAGAUACUCACCUAUGUUGUGAAUCGUCUGCUCAAGGACUAUCCCAUUAACAAGCGGCAGCAACAGCAACCCACAACAACAACAACACCAGCAGCAUCAGCAAC